CUAAUGAAGGUCGUUGGAGAACAGGAACUCAUCAGCCUUUCUUUACAUAUUGUGGGGAAACCUUUUUCCCAAAACAAAGGCACGGCCCAUAGUUGUUUGUUGUAAGUAGUUGAAGCAGAUCCAGGCUUGGGGGGAUCCAAAAUGGGAUAAAAAGGUGUGAGAAUGAGAGGUGAGUUAGUUUGGGGAACAGACGUGUGGGUACAGGAGCUCUGCAGGCUAAUGAGGAGACUCUGCCCAAGGACAGAUAUUUGCAUGAGCUAUCUAAAAUAUGGAAUGAAAGAGAGUGAGAAGCACCAGAAGUCAACAUUUUCCUGAUUUAUUGGAUAAAAACAAGAAGUCAUUGAACAAGAAAAAUCUGUAUCAGACUCAGAAAAAGCUUUAUUGCAAUGAACAGUUCAAACUCCCAGAAGAAACUUACUCUAGUGACUCAAAAUUACCAAUGCCCAAAAUGUGGGAAAGAAUUCUCGACAAAAAGAUGCCUUAAAGCUCACCAGAUCAUUCACACCGGGGAGAAACCAUUUACGUGCACAGAAUGUGGGAGAAGUUUCAGGCAAAAGUAUUCUCUUAAUAAACACCAGAAAAUUCACACAGGAGAGAAACCUUAUGCUUGUACAGAAUGUGGGAAACACUUCCAAAUAAAGGGUCAUCUAGUCAUCCACCAGACCAUUCACACAGGAGUAAAACUAUACGAAUGUACAGAAUGUGGGAAAAGCUUCUCUCAAAACAGCAACCUCCGCAACCACUAUAAAAUCCACACGGGGGAAAAACCAUUUUCUUGCUCAGAAUGUGGGAAAAGUUUUCGUUUAAAGGUCGACCUCACCAGACAUCACACAAUUCAUACAGGGGAGAAACCAUUCACUUGUACAGAAUGUGGGAGAUGCUUCUCUACAGGCAAUAAUUUUGCUUCGCACCUACGAACCCACAAUCGAGAGAAACCGGUCACAUGCACAGAGAGCCGGAAACAAUUCAGCCAUAAGGAUUAGUUUGAAGAGCAUUUUUAAGUUAACUCAGAAGAAUUGUGUAACUUUACUCUACAAAGUCCAGCCUUAAACAACAACAUAUAACUCAUACAGGGGAGAAACCUUUCACCUUUCUGAGAAUGAAGUUUCUCCAAUAGUAGAUUUCAACUCCUCCACCAGAACAGCCAGACAAGGGAAGAUAUACAGUCACUUAUUUCUCCUCCAGACUCCCAGGUCAACAUUACCUAUUGGCGGAGAUCGUUGCCAACUGAAGUAAAAACGAAAUUAUAUACAUACCAACUAGUGUGGCACCAAAUCCAGACAGCAUGGGAUGGUAUUAUAAAUAGAUGAAAUACAAGGUUUUAGUAGAUCUAGUGCAUCUUCAUCAUGGCAGAAUUAUCUCCUAAUGAUUGGUACAGAUUGGAUUCCUUCUCCAAGUGAAGAAAACUACAGACACUUAUGAGGAAUAGGUGUGGAUUCUGCUGUUGAUAUAUCUAUUCCAUGGCUGGUAAAGCAUUCAGGAUGAGACAGACCUGUAUAUAGAGACUG